AACUAGAAACCUGAUUCUUUCGCAUAAUAAUUUUAUUUUAAUUACUACAAGUUUUUAUAGUGCUUUAAAAUGUGUUCCUUAAUCCAUAUGUCGUUGCAGCGCUGCUUUUACGACAGAGUCGAGUUAAAUGAGUGAUGUUACGACCAAGCCCCGAACGCUGCGUCGCGUCCGAUCCAUAUACCAAGUUCACUACGGACUACCCAAGAUCGAACGAGAAACAGCCAGGCCUUUAGUCAUGCCGUUCGACUCACUGGAGAUACAGGCCUAUGAGAAACAAGUCGCCGGGCAUAGAGAGAGCUCGGAUACAAGGUUUCUAGGCCUCCUCCAAUGCAACAACGGGACCAUCCUGAAACCCAUCAUCAAAGAAUGCCAACGACGAGAGAUAGACUUCUACCAGCGACUAUCCACAACGAAAGACCUGGAUUUAAUAGAGCUGGGUACUUUGGUACCCAAGUAUUAUGGGUGCCGGCGGUUCACGUACAACAGUCAUGAACAGGAGUAUAUUAUAUUGGAAGAUGUGGUGCAGAGGAUGCUUGAACCUUGUAUUAUGGAUGUUAAAAUUGGCAGAAGAACCUGGGACCGCCUGGCCACAGAAGAGAAAAUCCAAAAGGAACAAAACAAAUACAAGCGGUGCAAAGGAGAAUACGGGUUCUGUAUACCCGGGUUCCAAGUAUACCGGCUGUCUACUGGAAAACUGCUGAAAUACAACAAGGACUAUGGGAAGCGAUUACAUGGACAGGCAGUUAAAGAUGCUAUCCGUAACUUUUUAAAUGGCGUCGGCACCAACCUCUGCCGCGCGCUGAUCCUCCAGUUCCUCACAACAUUAUGGAAGAUACAGAAAUGGGCCUCAAGACAGACCUCAGUCAAGAUAUAUUCAUGUUCGUUGCUGCUCGCCUAUGAUGCAGCUAAGUUGAGGGACUGCUGCGGAGAGGGAGAUGUCCUCACGCGCCGACCGAAAUGCCGCUCCGAGUCCGUGGGUCGCCGCAAAUCCAUACACUCCAUGCACAGCGAUUCCGGCUCCAAUUUCAGUGGCCAGAUCUCUUCCAAGGGACCUGUCUAUAAAAAGGUAAACUCCGUACCUCUGACCUCAAUGCAUCUAGCGCAACGAAGCUUCUCACCCCCUCCAACCAUCACCUCCCCCUGGAGCGAAGCGCUCGAAAAGAUCAACCACAAUCAUUCCUUCGAACACAACUAUGAAGACAAAUUGUCAAAAAUCAGGAUGAACUAUAGAGCCAUCUUAGACCAACUGUCCAGUGAUUCCCCAAACCCUGCCGAAUGGGGGACGGUCAAAAUAAUAGAUUUUGCGCAUGCGUUUUUUAAUGAAGAAGAUGAAAUGGCGGUGGAUGAGAAUUUCAGGGACGGAAUAGAUAGUUUUGUAGAGAUUUUUGAGGCGUUUUUGAAGGAGACUGAUGAUCAAGUGUUUUAAGCUUUCAUAUUUUGUGGUCAAAAUCGUGGGUUCAAACCUCGUAUAGAGAAAAAAAACCGGACAAGUGCGAGUCGGACUCGCCCACCGAGGGUUUCGUACUUUUUAGUAUUUGUUGUUAUAGCGGCAACAGAAAUACAUCAUCUGUAAAAAUUUCAUCUGCCUAGCUAUCACCGUUGAUGAAAUACAGCCUGGUGACAGACAGACGGACAGAGGAGUCUUAGUAAUAGGGUCCCGUUUUUGCCCUUUGGGUACGGAACCCUAAAAAUCGAAAACUUGCAAAAAGACGACUAAAAAUUCGAUCAAGAUCCUUAUCAUACAAGACCUCUUUGACCACAAUUACGACAACUAUAAAAGUUCAGAAUGAACUAUAGAUAGAACCAUCUUAGAUCAACUGUCCAGUGAUUCUCUAAACCUACUCAAUGAAAGGUCAAAAUGGACUGUCCUAAAGGAUUUUCAGCAUAUUUUAAACCUUUUCGACGCCGUGUCAAACACAAAAGCUGACUCGGACCACAUCACCGAAGUGU